UCGCCGCCUGAGCUGGAGCUUCCCCGCGAUCCAGUGACCCGGCCAGCUGCCCAGAGGAGCCGCCUCUCCGCCCGCGCCCGCGCUCCGCCGCAUCUCCGCGUGUUCGCCCGCCGUCCGCCCGUCCGAGCCUAUCCCAACCCCGGCCACCGAGCGCCAUGAACCAAGUCGAGCCCGGCGUGCAAUACAACUACGUGUACGAUGAAGACGAGUACAUGAUCCAGGAGGAGGAAUGGGACCGCGACCUGCUGCUGGACCCUGCCUGGGAGAAGCAGCAGAGGAAGACAUUCACUGCCUGGUGUAACUCCCACCUGAGGAAAGCUGGCACCCAGAUUGAGAACAUCGAGGAAGACUUCAGGAAUGGCCUGAAGCUCAUGCUGCUUUUAGAAGUCAUCUCAGGGGAAAGGCUGCCCAAACCUGACAGAGGAAAAAUGCGAUUCCACAAAAUUGCCAAUGUCAACAAAGCCUUGGAUUAUAUAGCCAGCAAAGGCGUGAAACUGGUGUCCAUCGGCGCUGAAGAAAUUGUGGAUGGCAAUGUGAAAAUGACGCUGGGCAUGAUCUGGACUAUCAUCCUCCGCUUCGCUAUUCAGGACAUUUCAGUGGAAGAAACCUCUGCCAAAGAAGGCUUGCUGCUGUGGUGUCAGAGGAAAACCGCUCCUUAUAGAAAUGUCAACAUUCAGAACUUCCACACCAGCUGGAAGGAUGGCCUUGGGCUCUGUGCGCUCAUCCACAGACACCGGCCCGACCUCAUCGACUACUCAAAGCUUAACAAGGAUGACCCAGUAGGAAAUAUUAACCUGGCCAUGGAAAUUGCAGAGAAACAUCUGGAUAUUCCCAAAAUGUUGGAUGCUGAAGACAUUGUGAACACCCCCAAACCGGAUGAGAGGGCCAUCAUGACGUACGUGUCCUGUUUCUACCAUGCUUUCGCGGGCGCGGAGCAGGCUGAGACAGCGGCUAACAGGAUAUGUAAGGUUCUUGCUGUGAAUCAAGAGAAUGAGAGGCUGAUGGAAGAAUAUGAAAGGCUAGCAAGUGAGCUUUUGGAAUGGAUUCGCCGCACGAUCCCCUGGCUGGAGAACCGGGCCCCCGAGAAAACCAUGCAGGCCAUGCAGAAGAAGCUGGAGGACUUCCGGGAUUACCGUCGGAAGCACAAGCCCCCGAAGGUGCAGGAGAAGUGCCAGCUGGAGAUCAACUUCAACACCCUGCAGACCAAGCUUAGGAUCAGCAACCGGCCCGCCUUCAUGCCCUCCGAGGGCAAGAUGGUGUCGGACAUCGCCGGGGCCUGGCAGAGGCUGGAGCAGGCGGAGAAGGGCUAUGAGGAGUGGCUGCUCAACGAGAUCCGGAGGCUGGAGCGUGUGGAGCACCUGGCCGAGAAGUUCCGGCAGAAGGCGUCCACGCACGAGACCUGGGCUUACGGCAAAGAACAGAUCUUGCUGCAGAAGGAUUACGAGUCGGCGUCGCUGACGGAGGUGCGCGCCCUGCUGCGGAAGCACGAGGCCUUCGAGAGCGACCUGGCGGCGCACCAGGACCGGGUGGAGCAGAUCGCGGCCAUCGCGCAGGAACUCAAUGAACUGGACUAUCAUGAUGCUGUGAAUAUCAAUGAUCGGUGCCAGAAAAUUUGUGACCAGUGGGACAGGUUGGGGACACUGACACAGAAGAGGAGAGAGGCCCUGGAGAGAACUGAGAAAUUGCUAGAAACCAUCGACCAGCUUCAUCUGGAGUUUGCCAAGAGAGCUGCUCCUUUCAACAACUGGAUGGAAGGCGCCAUGGAGGACCUGCAAGACAUGUUCAUUGUCCACAGCAUCGAGGAAAUCCAGAGUCUGAUCACUGCGCAUGAGCAGUUCAAGGCCACGCUGCCGGAGGCAGAUGGCGAGCGGCAGUCCAUCAUGGCCAUCCAGAACGAGGUGGAGAAGGUGAUUCAGAGCUACAGCAUCCGCAUCAGCUCCAGCAACCCCUAUAGCACUGUCACCAUGGACGAACUCCGGGCCAAGUGGGAAAAGGUGGGUACGGAGGGUUGGGCGUGGGACCGGGGGCCUCCUGGAAGCCCAGGUUACGGGAAGAAGUAA